AUGGCGUCCUGGCUGCCCCUGCUGUGGUUGCUGGGGCUGCUCCCGGGGAAUGGCUAUACCCGCCUCACCCGCGCCACCCGCCCCUCCACCCAGGCAGGCGGGGGGUCUCUGUACUCCCUGAAGGUGACGCUGGAGGAGCCGCGCUGCAACGACCCCACGGCGUGCCAGCUCUCCGCGUCUAAGAAAACCUUGCUCUGCAGCUUUGAAGUCCUCUAUGAGCUAGGAAGACACUCGCUGCUGAGGCAGGACUGUGGUGCAGUGGAUACCAAGAUGAAAGAUGACAAAAAUGAAACUUUCAGUUCAUUCCUUCCACUGUUGAACAGGGACUCCCUGUCCCAGGAGUUUUCUGUGAAAAUGGUUUCACUCUUCAAGUACUUUGUCACCACCUAUAACCGGACAUAUAAGACAGAGGAGGAAGCCCAGUGGCGCAUGUCCGUCUUUAUCAAUAACAUGGUACGAGCUCAGAAGAUCCAGGCCCUGGACCGUGGCACAGCUCAGUAUGGAGUCACCAAGUUCAGUGACCUCACAGAGGAGGAGUUCCGCACCAUCUACCUGAAUCCUCUCCUAAAAGAGGGGCUUGGCAAGAAGAUGCGCCUAGCCAAGUCCCUUGACGACCCUGCCCCACCUGAGUGGGACUGGAGGAAUAAAGGGGCUGUCACCAAAGUCAAGAACCAGGGCAUGUGUGGCUCCUGCUGGGCCUUCUCAGUUACAGGCAACGUGGAGGGCCAGUGGUUCCUGAAACGGGGGGACCUCCUCUCCCUCUCUGAGCAGGAGCUCGUGGACUGUGACAAAGUGGACAAGGCCUGCAUGGGCGGCUUGCCCUCCAAUGCCUAUUCAGCCAUAAAGACCCUGGGAGGGCUGGAGACAGAGGAUGACUACAGCUACAGUGGCCACUUGCAGACCUGCAACUUCUCUGCAGAUAAGGUCAAGGUUUACAUCAAUGACUCAGUGGAGCUAGGCCGGAAUGAGCAAAAUAUGGCAGCCUGGCUGGCCAAGAAGGGCCCCAUCUCCAUUGCCAUCAACGCCUUCGGCAUGCAGUUCUACCGCCGUGGGAUCUCCCACCCCCUGCGGCUUCUCUGCAGCCCUUGGUUCAUUGACCAUGCUGUGCUACUCGUGGGCUACGGCAACCGCUCAGAUGUUCCUUUCUGGGCCAUCAAGAACAGCUGGGGCACUGACUGGGGUGAGGAGGGUUACUACUACUUGCAUCGAGGGUCUGGGGCCUGUGGUGUGAACAUUAUGGCCAGCUCGGCGGUGGUGAACUGAAGAGCACUAGCUCAGGACCUGUUGCAGACCAGAGCAACCCUUCCCCCAGCCUGACCUCCAUUUCUAGGCCCCUCCCCAGGAGGCACAGCUGGCUCAGGGAUGGGCACUGUGUAUCUCAGGGUGAGCAAAGGGCACUGGGCUAGGGGUACAGCCCCUACCCCAUCCACCUCACCCCCGCUCUGAAGUUCCCCAGCUGCACCUUUGUUAAGUUGUGGUAGCUAAGAGGGUCUUGGGUGAAGGGUGAUGUCUUGGCAGCUGAAACUGGGGCAGGAACCCUGGGCUCGGGCAAGGGACAGGUGGGAAGCAGAUAUUCUGGUUUUAAAUCCAGCCUAUCCUCAGCAGGCUCUGGCUUCUUGACCUGGCUUUUCUCUGUCUGAUACUAUAAAUUCUGGUCCCCCUGGAUUUGGGGACAGUGUUCCCUUCCAUGUCUAGACAAACUGUUGUAACCACCCUUUUCUAACAAUAAAGGGGUGUCUUCAGCUCCA